CCGAACCUGCCGCCGGAGGCAGCGGGCCCGCCCCAAUCCGUGCUUCGGCGGCUCGGCUGCUCCGGCCUUGCCCGCCGGCAGGCGCAGGCAGCUGCGUGCCGAGGCGGCGUGCUCCCGGCUGCCGAGCCGGCGGGGCUGGGGGAGCGCUCGGCGGGGCUGAGGGGAGAGCCCGGCGGGGCUGAGGUCAUGGCAAAGGCUGUCUGCGUUAACGGGUACAGGAUGCCCGCCGGAGCUGGGAAGAACACGAGGGGACAGCAAACGUCUCGGAAGAGGAGGAGGAGUCCGGAUGGCGGCGACCAGGGCCCCGAGGAGAAGUCAUCAUGCCUGUCUGCAGCUUUGUUUGGUGAGGACUGUGAAAUCAGCCAGGAGCAGCUCUAUGAGUUCUUGAAGUAUGCAGCUUUGGGAAAGAGCCAAAAUGCAACACAACCCAGCUGGUGCCGCAUUUAUCGCCAAAGCCACCUGGCUGGGGUCGUGGUGAUCAUUCUCCAUGAAAUGAGCCAGCUCCACUUCUACAAAUUCUAUCUGCAGUUCAGACACCUCAGAAGGGUGUUCCGGCAUAGAUUCACAUUAACACCUUCUGCCAACUUCCCAGCCAGCCUGUAUGGAGAAGGGGCAGACCCGAAACCUCAGAACACUGGACAAGGGCUGAGCUCCAGCGGGGGUGGCUGUCCCCCUGGAAGGCCAGGCCUGCAGCGUGAUCCCAUCAUUCGGAAAUAUGGAGAGAAAAAGCAAGGCCUCACCAGCUACACUCUGACUCUGGAAGAGCAGAAAAAAAACGACUACCCCAUCAAAGGCUCCCCUGAAUGCAAGGGCUACAUAGAUACCGAGUGUGAUCAGCAGAGGACAGACAGCAGCCCCCUCUUUGGUCUGGACUGUGAAAUGUGCCUGACUGCGAAAGGGAAUGAGGUCACUCGUGUCUCCCUGGUGGAUGCACAGGGGCAGUGCCUGCUGAAUGAGCUGGUGAAACCUGAAACCACCGUCGUGAACUACCGCACCAAAUUCUCGGGAAUCACAAAGAAAAUGCUGCUUCCAGUGAAAACAAGGCUGGCAGACAUCCAAACCAGGCUGAAAAAAAUGCUUCCCCAUGAUGCAGUCUUGGUAGGGCAUUCUCUGAAUUCUGAUCUUCAGGCUCUGGAAAUGAUCCACCCCAGUGUCAUUGACACCUCCUUGCUUUUUGCCAGAAAUGCAGGGCGCAGAUUUAAGCUAAAAUUUCUGGCUAAAGCUGUUUUAGGGAAGGAGAUUCAGUGUGAAGAGAAGCUUGGCCAUGAUCCUGCAGAAGAUGCUCGAGCUGCGCUGGAAUUGGCUCAGUUCUUUAUAGAGCAAGGACCAGCAAAGGUAGCAGAACUCAACUUGGAGAUGCUUCUGACAGCUGAAAGACUGGCUGAGGCCUCACAGAACAAAGCUCCAUUACAGCCACAAGGAUGUAAGAUCCAGAAGCAGGCAACUGAGCCUCCACAGGUCCCCAGAGCAUGUUUUUUAGACUGCUUCCAGGGGACUGGCCACAAACCCCUCCUUUUGGGCAGAGAGGACCUAACCCCUUCUGGCCUGUGUCAGAGUAACCUGAACUCUUCAAACAAACAGAUUCUUCAGAGAGCCUUAUCAGCUGUUCCCCAGUCCAUGUUCAGCAUCAUUCAGUUCAGCCUGAGACCAGAGGACAUUGCCUCUCAGCCUCUUGCUGGACUUUGUGGGAAGGUGAGAAGCAAGCUGACUGACAUGCUGACAAUUUAUGCAGGUCCUUUUGAAGAAAGCUUUUGCCUGAAGUCUGUGAGAAAAGAAUUUGGGAGGUGCGGACCAAUCCAGUCUCUUACAGUGGUAACUGAAACAUACCAGCCCUAUGUCUGUAUCCAGUAUGAAGUGUUGGAAGCUGCCCAGCUUGCUGUGGAAAGCCUAAAUGAAACUGAGGUAGCAGGAUCCUGCAUUAAGGUCCAGAGGCCUGUCACUGCAGCAAUGCUGGACUGUGAUGUGCUGCUGAGGGAGCUGGAAGUGGAUGUAGAAAAUGAAGGUGUGAUUUAUGUGGCGGGGCUGAAGAAGUCCUGGACGGAGACAGAUUUGCGCGAGGAAUUCAGCCAGCUGAAAGACCUGGAAACGCUGUUCCUGCCCAAGGACCUUCAGAGUGGGAAGCACAGGACCUGCUGCUUCCUUAAAUUCCAGAAACCAGAGAGUGCUGUGGAUGCCCUUGAAGUUCUAAGUGGCUGGACUGUGAAGGGCUGCAAACUGAGAACAAGGAACGCUCUUGCCUCGGGUCACCUCUGGAGAUGGAUGCAGCAAAUGAAUCACAGCAGUGGGAAGCAAGGAGGGAGCAUUUCAGAUGAGAAAAUGGAGCAGCUGCCUGCCUCUGAGCAAGAUCUAAGGAAAAAAGUGAAGAAGUUAGACCAGUAUAUCAAAAAGCUUUAUAGGAGUCUGCAGAGUAACACCUUGUGUGUUGUUCUCUUUCCUGGAGUGAACAGUGUGCAGGGAUCAGAGGCUGGCCUUGGGCUGAUGGGAAUAAAAGAGGCUGGAGGCAGGAGUGCUUGCUGACUGCCAAGUCUUUAAGCAAAGUCCUUUGUUAAGAUGUUUUUAAUUCCUCCACUAUUGAUGGCUUGGUAAAGCUCUCUUGCCCUGAGAACAAUAGCCUUGCACUCUGUAUCACUAACAAGGUCUAAAAAUAAAGGCUAUUCAAAACUUUAUCAAGCACAAAA